AUGGCGAUCGUUGGUCCUCAAUUCUGCGCACCGUACCCGAUAGAAUUGGGAAUCGUACGGAAGCUGAUGACUAUACCCGAUGGUAACUUCGCCGUCACAGACGCUAAUGGCAAUCUCCUUUUCAAAGUCAAAGAGCCUUUGUUUAGUCUCUCCGACAAAAGAGUUUUGUUGGAUGCAUCGGAUACUCCAAUUCUUACGUUGAGAGAAAAUAAGGUGAGCUUGCACGAUAGGUGGCAAGUAUUCAGAGGGAAGAGUACAGACCAAAAUGAUCUCGUAUACACAUUGAAACGAUCGUCCAUGAUUCAGAUAUUGAAGCCAAAACUCGACAUUUUUUUGGCUCAAAAUAAGGAAAUGAAGAUAUGCGACUUCCAUGUCAAAGGAAGCUGGAUCGACCGGUCAUGUACCGUCUACGCCGGAAAAUCUGAUGGGCCCAUUGUUGCUCAGAUGCACAAGAAACAUACCGCGCAGAGCAUAAUAUUAGGGAAGAGCAAUUUCUCGGUUUCGGUUUUUCCGAAUGUUGAUUUUGCUUUCAUAGUCUCUCUCAUUGUAAUUCUCGAUGACAUUAACAAAGAAGACUCAGAAGACUAA